AAAACUUCACAGAGCUCUCGCCGUCAUCUUCAUCUUUCGCCCGUCCCCCGACUCCUUGCCCGCCCUCUCUCCCGCCCUCCAAAGCCAUCAUGCAGGCUUCUAUCGUCCGUAGGGCCGCGACACGGUCCCUGGUCCAGAGCAGGCUCGUCCAGAGACCUGGUCAGCUCCAUGCCCUCAACAAAAGGCUUCUCUCGUCCACCCCAGUCGCACGCAACGACCCAGCCACGCCACCACCGUCUGCCCCCCUUCCCCCGCCGCUCCCUCGCGUCUCCAGAUGGCGCAAGUUCCUCCAGACCCUCGGCCGCGUUACCCUCGUCACUAUCAUCACCUCCGGCGGUGUCUUCUACUACGCCACGCAGUCGGAUAAGCAUCCUGGCCCUCAACUGCCCUAUGAUCCCUCGAAGAAGACCGUCGUUGUGCUCGGAACUGGCUGGGGUUCUGCGAGUUUCUUGAAGAGCUUGGAUACCACGGAUUACAAUGUUGUCGUCAUCAGCCCCCGCAACUUCUUCCUCUUCACCCCCCUCCUCCCCUCCGUCGCCGUCGGCACCAUCUCCCCCAAAUCCAUCCUCCAACCCAUCCGCUACAUCACCCGGCACAAAGAACGCUCCGUCACCGUCAUCGAAGCCGAAGCGCACUCCGUCGACCCCAUCGCAAAGACCGUCACCUUCUCCGAUGACUCCGAAAUCCAAGGCGCGGUCUCCUCCACCACGAUCCCGUACGAUUACCUCAUCUACGGCGUCGGCGCCGAAACGCAGACGUUUGGCAUACCCGGCGUGCAGCAGCAUGCGUGUUUCAUGAAGGAGAUACAGGAUGGGGAACGUAUGAAGAGGAGGUUCUUGGAUUGUGUGGAGAGUGCGGGCUUUCCCGGACAGAGCGACGAGGAGAUCGAUAGGCUGUUGCAUUUUGUGGUCGUUGGCGGCGGUCCGACGGGCGUGGAAGUUAGUGGAGAACUUCAUGAUUUCUUGGAACAGGAUCUGAAAUCCUGGUACCCCGAACUCUCCUCUCGCAUCCGCAUCACCCUCGUCGAGGCCCUACCCUCCGUGCUUCCCAUGUUCUCCAAGCGCCUGAUCGAUUAUACAGAGUCGACGUUCAAGGAGAGUAAGAUCGAUAUAUUGACGAAGACGAUGGUGAAGGAGAUUAAGGAGAAGAGUGUUGUGCUGCAGAUGCCGGAUAAGACGAUACAGGAGGUGCCGGUUGGGAUGGUGGUUUGGGCGGGAGGGAAUAAGCCGAGGGUGGUGACGAAUGAUUUGAUUAAGAGGAUUAAUUCGGUCGUUGCGGAAUCGCAGACGAAUAGGAGGGGGAUCGCUAUUGAUGAUCACCUCCGCAUGGUAGGAACCGACGGCACCGUCUUCGCCCUCGGCGACUGUACCGCAUCCUCUUACGCCCCUACCGCGCAAGUCGCAUCCCAACAAGGCGCGUACCUCGGUCGUCUAUUCUCCCAGCUUGCGAAGCGUGAUGCUUUAGCGGCUGCUGCUGCGAGUGCGGUGGACGAGAAGGAGGUAGAGGGAUUGAAGAAGCAGUUGGAGCGCACGGAGAAGUUGAGGCCGUUCCAUUAUAGUCAUCAGGGGAGUUUGGCGUAUAUUGGGAAUGAGAAGGCGAUUGCGGAUUUGGUUUUCUUUAAUCAGAAGUGGGCGUCCGGAGGCGUGGCGACGUUCCUUUUCUGGCGGAGCGCGUAUUUGAGCACGUUGUUCUCGAUGAGGAAUAGGGUGCUUGUGGCGUCGGAUUGGUUGAAGGUUAAGCUGUUUGGACGUGAUCUCGCUCGCGAGUAAAUUCACUCGUGGAAGUAAAGUACUUAGCAUUAUUUCUUUUUGCAUAUACGUCCUGUUCUCUCCAAGCGCAACCUGUCCGCUCGUUCAUUUUUACUUCAUUGUUCGACCGCUUUACUUUCCAAGCGAUACGAGCUAGACGUACCGCAUUCAUAUGCAUAUCCUACCGUCAAACUGAUCCAUCCUCAGCCUCAGUUGAUGUCCUUUUAUCCGACUAUCUCGGACGGACAUACCGAUAGACUUUUGUUUCUUUGCCGUUCGUUCGGCGUGCAUCAUUUUUCCCUUUCCCGUUCAGCGUGCAUACAGAAUCCAGAUACAGGCCCCGGCUUCGGUUUACCCUACGCCACACUUAUACAUCCGCAUACAUACCUAUAGACGUGUUCCGUGUUCCGUGUUCCUUUCGGUCGAUUCGUUUGGUCUUGACCCUGGCCCGCCCGUUGUUCAUUGACCAUUCUGGACACCAUUAUCGUAGUAUUAGUAUGUUACUUAUUUGUGCGAGGCUAUAUAGACGGUUCUUCUGUUCC